AUGUAUUUGGCUCGGGUGUUUUGCCGUUUACAUGGCUAUUUGCAACCCAUUUCGAAAGCACAGGCUCCUUUGGUCUCUGGACUCAUACGGACCCAGAAUGAAGUGAGGUGUUGGAAGUAUACUGCUGCUCCACAGUCGACGAGUUGUCACUGGCAACUUCAGGAAGAAUGCCUUGGUGAGUGUCUUGGCUAUUGUUUUUUUUUAUAUGGGCUUCCCUUUACGAAAGGCUAUGAUUAUUUGGCAUUUGAUUCGCUCUAGCUGCCUAUGUGUGAAGUUCAAAUUGUUCAUAUCAAAUACAAUUGUAUUCGUCACAUGCUUCGUAAAACAGGUGUGGACUAACAGUGAAAUGCUUACUUACUUCCUAACAAUGCAGAGAGAAAGAAAAUAGAGAAAGAAUAAAAAAAAACAAGUAAUAUUAAAAGUUAUAAUAGAUACACAAACGAUUAAUUGGCUAUAUACCAGGGGUACGAGGUAAUUGGAGGUAGAUAUGUACAUAUACUGAACAAAAAUAUAAACGCAACGAUUUUACUGAGUUACAGUUUAAGGAAAUCAGUCAAUUGAAAUAAAUAGAUUAGGCCCUAAUCUAUGGAUUUCACAUGAUUGGGCAGGGAUGCAGCCAUGGGUGGGCAUAGGAGGGCAUAGGCCCACCCACAGGGGAGCCAGGCCCAGCCAAUCAGGAUGAGUUUUUUCCCAAAAAAGGGCUUUAUUAUAGACAGAAAUACUCCUCAGUUUCACCAGCUGUCCGGGUGGCUGGUCUCAGACGAUCCCGCAGGUGAAGAAGCCAGAUGUUGGAGGUCCUGGGCUGGCGUGGUUACACAUGGUCUGCGGUUGUGAGGCUGGUUGGACGUACUGCCAAAUUCUCUAAAACGACGUUGGAGGCAGUUUAUGGUAGAGAAAUUAACAUUCAAUUCUCUGGCAACAACUCUGGUGGACAUUCCUGCAGUCAGCAUGCCGAAUGCACACACCCUCAACUUGAGACAUCUAUGGCAUUGUGUUGUGUGACAAAACUGCACAUUUUAGUGGCAUUUUAUUGUCCCCAGCACCUGUGUAGUGAUCAUGCUGUUUAAUCAGCUUCUUGAUAUGCCACACCUGUCAGGUGGAUGGGUUAUUUUGGCAAAGGAGAAAUUCUCACUAACAGGGAUGUAAACAAAUGUAUGCACUACAUUUCAGAGAAAUAAGGCUUUUGUGAGUAUGGAACAUUACUGGGACCUUUUAUUUCAGCUCAUAAAACAUGGGACCAACACUUUACAUGUUGCGUUUAUAUUUGUGUUCAGAAUAACUAGGAAUAAAGUGACAGAUAGUAAACAGUAGCAGCAGUAUAUGUGAUGAGUCAAAAAAAGUUAGUGCAAAAAGGAAUCAAUGCAGUCUUAUGGCUUGGGGGUAGAAGCUGUUUAGGGUCCUGUUGGUUCCAGACUUGGUGCAUCUGUACCACUCCAGACAUGGUGCAUCUGUGAUAGCAGAGAGAACAGGCUAUGAUACCCACUGGUAUAGAGGUCCUGGAUGGCAUGGAGCUCAGCCACAGUGAUGUACUGGGCUGUACGCACUACCCUCUGUAGCGCCUUGCCAAGUUGCCAUACCAAGCGCUGAUGCAGCCAAAAUGCUCUCAAUGGUGCAGCUGUAUAACUUUUUGAGGAUCUGAGGGCCAUGCCAAGUCUUUUCAGCCUCUUGUUACUUGAGAACCAAUGUUGGACUUUAAUCUGGUACAGUGGUUAGAACAGUGUCUGGACCUGGCACUUCACACUUGAAUAGGCCAGUUUCCACAUUCUACGCUAAUAUUUACUUGUAAAUCUAACAUUUGAAUCUUCAGAGCUCAGCUAUGGAGGGCUUAUGAUGCACUUUGACUAUGUGUGGCUACGGGAUCAUUGCCGCUCUGCCUCCUGCUACAACAGCAAGACCAACCAGAGGAACCUAGAUACAUCAAAUGUGGAGCUGAACAUACGUCCCACCAACACCAGGGUGGAUGAUGAGAAUCUCUUCCUCACAUGUAAGUCUUGGUUUGAAGAUUGCUUCUCUCAACUAAGGGGGAGGAGGGGGGGCUGAAGAAACCCAGGACCAAUUUCGUCUCACAUCACAUACGUUUCUUUCUUUGUUUUGAUUUGCUGUAAAAAAAAAAAAAAAAGUAAUAUGAAUAACUACAGUUGGUUUUGGCAUUAUACAUAGUUUUCUUUGGAAUCAAAGUGAAGAAUUACUUGUUUUUUUCCUUUAGACCCUGUGGGAAGCCCACAUUGUGAAGUAGCCUAGAACUUCUCCACUGCCAAACCUGAGAUAGUUACUGCAUUGUUCAGGGAGACCUUUGCCUCUUGUAAAAGGCUGUAAUGACGUACUGUAGACAUUGCAGACAUUGCUACCAUAUGAUUUAUUUUACACUGCACCCAGAGUAAGGGAUAUAAUGGUUACAAUCAGUCAUUUCAUUUGAGGUCGUAUAUCUAGGUCUGUUUGAUAUCGACAAGAACUCUAAAUCCAUGCCAGUCAUUCAUGUUUUUUAUUUCAUCCCAUUUUCUCUUUGGCAGCACUUUGAUAUAUGCACCUAUUGUUACUCAUCAUUCUUUUUAACAGUUAUUGAAUGUAUAAUAGAAGGAAUUGUCUUUGAUUUGUCUAUUCCAGGGCCCGAUGGUCAUGUGACAAGGUACAACCUGAGUUGGCUGGCUCAGAACAGCUAUGAGGGACAGAAGCAGAGUGCCAUGCAGCCACGCUUCAUCUGGAACUCAGACAUCUAUAGCAAUGCCAAGGUGCCCUCUGCCAACUGGGACAAGUUUAUGACCUGUGAUGAUGAACUGAAGAAGUUCCUUAGGAACUUUCUGCUGUAUGGCAUUGCUUUUGUGGAGGGUGUCCCACCGACUGUUGAGGCCACAGAGACGGUUACCCAGAGGGUCAGCCUCAUCAGGUACUGGCCUCUGUUAGGGAAUGAGAAGGGGGUGUUCAGGAGGCUUAAAAGUAGCAGCAUACCACCCACCACAAUACAUACAAACAUAAAUGGUUUUGGAAUGGGAGAUUAUUUAAUAAGGGGUUAGGACAAACACCCCAGACAUCCCUGGGAUAAAGUAUUUUGGGGGGCAUUUCAAAAGCUUGAUAUUUAUCAGGGUUAUUUAUCAGGGUUAGCUUGUUUACAAUGCUUGUGUUACAAAGCAACAGUGCUACAGGGAAGAUGUUGGUUUCCUUAACAACAAACUCUUGAUACUUUUUGCCAAGUUAACAUGCACAACAAACUUUCUCAGCACUUAGAAUGGAGGGUGGAUUUGUCAAAGAGGAGAAGAGAGAGUAGAGGUACUUUCUUCUCAUUCAUCCACCAGGUUCAUUAAGGACUCCACAGGUGGUGUGGGUUUGAAGUUUCCAAUGCCUGAACCAGCACACUAAUCCCUCUUUAUACUAGACUCUAAUUUGGAGUGAAGAGGGAGGAAGCAGUGUCUUAUAAGAAAUGCAUUGCACAUGUUCUUCUAGUCCAGUAACGCUACCACCCGGUUACUCAACCCUGCACCUUAGAGGCUGCUGCCCUAUAUACAUAGACAUGGAAUCACUAGUCACUUUAAUAUGUUUAUAUACUGCUUUACUCAUCUCAUAUGUAUAUAAUGUAUUCUAUUCUACUGUAUUUUAGUCAAUGCCACUCCGAACAUUGCUCGUCCUAAUAUUUAUAUGUUUCUUAAUUCAAUUAUUUUACUUUUAGAUUUGUGUGUAUUGUUGUGAAUUGUUAGAUACUACUGCACUGUUGGAGCUAGGAACACAAGCAUUUCGCUACACCUGCAAUAACAUCUGCUAAAUAUGUGUAUGUGACCAAUAUUUAUUUUAAUUUAUUUGACAUUUGGUCAUCAUAAGUAAUCGCCCUCCUCCUGACACCCCAAAAAAAACCAAAAUAUCACUAUUUGGAGCAAAGUUGCCAUUAUAAACCUGCGUUUUGAAUUGUUCUUGUAUGAUGUUGUCGGUAUUAUUUUUGAGACAGCUGACUGUACUUUGUGUUUUCAUUCUGGUUUCCUAUUAGGGAGACUAUGUAUGGCAAGAUGUGGAACUUCACUUCAGAUUUCUCCCGAGGAGACACUGCCUACACCAAACUGGCCCUGGACCGUCACACAGACACUUCAUACUUCCAGGAACCUUGUGGGUACGUAUUCAGAUAGAAGAUGUUCACACACGGAUGGGUGUUAAUUGAACUGUGUUUGAGUUAUCAUGUCAGGUCAAUUUAGCAAGGCAGCACACAUGCUGAUCUGUAUCUGGGUUAGGUUGAGAUUCCUCUUCAGAUGAAGACAGACGUUAAACAUCUGUAGGUUAUUGUGUUAGGCUAUUACAAUGAUGUGGUCUUCUGUAGCUGAGUUGGCAGAGCAUGGCGCUUGCUACGCCAGGAUAGUGGGUUCAAUUCCCGGGACCACCCAUAAUUGAAAUGUAUGCACGCAUGACUAGGUCGCUUUCGAUAAAUGCGUCUGCUAAAUGGUGUAUAUAUAUAUUAUAUAUUAUUGUAUUGUUAGUCAAAUGGGAAGUUGUAACAACAGAUUCAGCAUUGUGAAACAGGCCAUUUCUUUUGGAAGCUGCAGUUUGACACCUGUUUGACACCUGUUAAUGGAUUAUUUUAACUGAUAAGAUGCAAGCCAGAUGCACAUUGCUAUGCCACAGAUUUAUUGAAUCUUGAUAAAAGAAGAUAAAGUACACUGUGAAACUAGGCUCCACCUUGGUGUCCCAUGAAAUGACAGGGCAAUCCGCCAUCUACUGGGCAUUUCAUAACAUGUGACUUACUUUGAUGCCAUUGACUUUGAUUUGCAGGAUCCAAGUGUUCCAUUGCCUUAGACAUGAGGGAACGGGAGGAAGAACACUACUUGUGGAUGGAUUCUAUUCUGCAGACCAAGUGCUCCAGAAGAUGCCUGACAACUUUGAGCUGCUUGCCCGGGUGCCUAUCAAGCAUGAGUACAUUGAAAAUGUCAGCGACCACCGCAACCACAUGAUAGGCAUUGGCCCUGUGCUCAGCGUGUAUCCCUGGAACAAUGAGGUGUACAUGAUCCGGUAUGACCAGUCUGUUUUAAUUGAGAUGUGAAUGUCUCCCUGAAUGUCUUGCUUUAAACAUAUCUUCCAAUGUCAUCAUAGGCCAUGCAACCUCUAACCAGUCUUGGUUAGCUAUUAACUCACAAUGUUGUAUGCAUUUGAGAAAUGGUACACCCAUCAAUAUGAAUUAAGUCACUUGGGAAGGUUCUUUGUAGAAGGCUCAGGAUUUGUUGCUCAUAAUAAAAAUAAUAAUGCAUACACCGUAACACUUGUUAAUCCAGAGCUAGCUCCUUUGAGAUCAAUGUAAUGAAUAUAUGAUCUAAUAUUGAGGAUUAAUAUGGUAUCACCUCCUGCUUGGUUGCAUCUCUUACAGAUACAAUAACUAUGACCGUGCAGUCAUAAACACUAUCCCCCAUGACAUUGUCAAGCGAUGGUAUGUGGCUCACAGAGAGUUGACCACAGAGCUGAGGAAGCCGGAUAACGAGUUGUGGGUCAAACUGAAGCCUGGAAAGGUAAAGAAAAAAAGAUGCCUUUUCAUUGAUCUAGCCAGAAAGGAUUAAUCACUACAUGUUGAUAUAAGAGGGGGGUGGGGGCAUUCUGAAACCAGGAUUGGUUUUCAGGGGACGGGUAAAGUCUUACAAAAUCGUACACAAACAAUACAGUAUGUUCCCUCUUUUUCUGGUAGGUUCUCUUCAUUGAUAACUGGCGUGUCAUGCAUGGUCGGGAGUCCUUCACAGGCCUGCGGCAACUGUGUGGCUGCUACCUGACCAGAGACGACGUCCUGAACACUGCCCGCUCCCUGGGUCUGCAGGCCUGAGUGAAGAAGAGUCUCCAACCCUUCCAGCCAACAGCAAAGUAUUUUAUUAGAUGUGUUUAAGUCAAGAACAUGGACUGUGAUCUGUUUGGGAUAAUAUUUGUACACACGCAUUAUGCAUGCAUAUGCUCUUGUCACAACAACAAUCAUCUUUUGAACUGGAACCUAACAUGUUGAGGUGUUUAACAUAUUGGCUUUGUUUUAUCGGAUUAGUUAUUAAUCUUAAAUUCUUCUAGUACGUCUCAAUCACUACAUAGCACUUUUACCAGACAUUUAAUUGUUGAUUCAUGUAUUUAGGAACUUUUGUCUUGUAUACAUGCUGAAAUAAAUGUGAUUUUUUUCCUGA